AUGUCAUCCAAGAACGACAAACUGGUGCACAACUUGUCGUCAAAGGAGCUGACGGAGGAACAAAUGCAGGUUUUAUUGCAUGAGGCCUCAUUCAACACAGUCGAUGCCAAACUUGCCAACAUGAUCGCAGUAGUGGAAUCCAUCCUCAGCCAGACGGGAGCGACAGACGAAACGAAGAACCUCCUUCGACACCAAGUGCCCUUCCUCCCUAUGGCUCAUAGUCCGCGCGACGUGCUUUCCAAGGUCGAGCACGAUGCACUUGAGGAACUCAGGGCAGACAACGACCUCGUUAUCGUGCCUGCGCACACGGGACGGUCAACGGUCUUAUUGGACAGGACAGACUACAAUCAAAAAUCCAAAAGCUUGUUGGAGGAUCGUUAG